AUGACUUCAGCUAAUGCAUCCCACAUUGGCCGAGUGUGCACAACUUGGGGACACUAUCACUUCAAAACCUUCGAUGGCGAUUUCUUCCAGCUGAAUUCAAGUUGUAACCAUGUCCUUGCAAUACAAUGCAAGGGCAGCUAUGAAAACUUUAAUAUCCAGAUGCGGCGGCGCUUAGUCAACAACAUCCCCACAAUCAGCAAAAUCAUCAUGAUGCUGGAAGGAUCUGAGGUGGAGCUCUCUAACAACGCAGUGCUUGUCAAUGGCAAGAUGGAAUCUCUUCCAUUCAGUAAAUCAGGAGUGACUGUCAAGGGGACCACAUCUAGUAUCUCUGUUGAAGCUAAUCUGGGAAUAAAGGCAGUCUGGAACCUGGACGACUCCCUUGACAUUGAAAUAGAUGAGAAAUAUUGGACUCAGACAUGUGGACUGUGUGGAAACUUUGAUGGCAUAUCCAACGAAUUCCUGAAUGAUGGUAAGAUAAUUGUAAUAUUUCAGGAGCAAUUCUGUGACCAGACUUUCUCCAGUGAUCCCUUUGUUGAUUGCCAAAACAUUCUUGACGUGGAGUCCUUUAGUAAAGCCUGCAUGGUGGACACGUGCAACUCUACAGACAGCACUACUCUUGUCCUCUGCAAAACACUUUCAGAGUUCUCCAGACAGUGCGUCCAUGCAGGUGGCAAACCCCAAGAAUGGAGGAACGACACAUUUUGCUACAAGAAAUGUCCAUACAACAUGGUUUUCCUGGAAUGCAGCAGUUCAUGUCCUGACAGCUGUUCCACCCCUCAGGCCAGCCAGACGUGUGACAGCCAUUGUCAUGACGGCUGCAGCUGCCCUGCUGGUAUAUCCACACUCAUUUUGCACUCCGUCUCUUGCUUUCUGUCUCUCAGAGAGAAAACAAUUGCAAAUGUAUGUGAAAGCGGUCAGUGGAGUUGUACAGAGACAAACUGUCCAGGAAUCUGUUCUGUCGAAGGAGGAGCUCAUAUUAACACCUUUGAUGGAAAAGUCUACACAUUUCAUGGCGAUUGCUCCUAUGUUCUAGCUAAGGACAGUAAUGGUUUGUCCUACACUGUGCUGGUGGAUCUGGUCAAGUGCGGGCUAAGUGACACGAAGACUUGCCUCAGAACUGUAACUUUGGCCUUAGGCAGCAAUUCUGUGGUUGUUACAGUUCAGGCAUCUGGGCAGGUCUAUGUGAACCAGAUUCAUUCUCAGCUUCCACUGUUCACAGCUGAUCUGAGAGUCUUUAAGCCAUCUUCCUUCUACAUCCUUGUGAGCACCACAGCGGGCAUACAACUGAUGAUUCAGCUGUCUCCCAUAAUGCAGGUGUUCAUUUCAGCUGACAAGUCCCUCACAGGAACCACGUCUGGUUUAUGUGGGAACUUCAACGACAUAAUGAGCGACGACUUUAGAGUGACAAGUGGGCUGGUGGAAGGCACUGCUGCUGCAUUUGCAAACGCAUGGAAAACCAGAGCCAGCUGCCCAGACAUUACAUCACAUUUUGGAGACCCUUGUCACAACAACAUCCUCACAGAGAAAUAUGCUGAUUUCUGGUGCUCCAAACUAACUGAUCCCGAGGGAGUGUUUGCUCCCUGCCACGCUGUCAUUAGCCCCAGCACAUAUAAAGAUAACUGCAUGUACGACACCUGUAACUGUGAAAAAAGUGAGGACUGCAUGUGUGCUGCAGUUUCCUCAUAUGUCUAUGCCUGCUCAGCAGCAGGAGUCCACAUCAGUGGCUGGAGGAAAACCGUCUGUGAGACAUUCAGUACAUCAUGUGCAGCAGAAACUGUGUAUAAUUACAACACGACCAGCUGUGGGCUUACCUGCCGUUCCCUCGGCCACACUGACUACUCCUGUCAGGUCCACUUCCCCACAGUGGAUGGCUGUGGCUGUUCUGAAGGAACUUACAUGAACGAGGAAGGCCAGUGUGUAGCCCGUGAAAGCUGUCCCUGCUAUGCUGAAGGCAUUAUUGUUCCUCCUGGACAGACCAUCAGUAAAGAUGGCAGCACAUGUUCCUGCAGUGGAAGGAAGUUCACAUGUACCAACAAGACGUGUGACGCUGUUUGUGGAAUCUAUGGAGAUGGUCACUACGUCACCUUUGAUGAUAAGAGGUUCGACUUCAGUGGACAGUGUGAAUACACACUUCUACAAGACUUCUGUGGCACCUACAAUGGCAACGGAAGCUUCAGAAUUAUUACUGAAAAUGUUCCAUGUGGAACAACAGGAACCACCUGUUCUAAGACCAUCAAGAUCUUCUCGGGGGAUAAUGAAUUCCAGCUUAAAGAUGACAAUUUACAAGUGGUAAAGGGCACUAUCCAGGCGCUUCAGGUACAGAAAAUGGGCAUUUACACCGUGGUGACAAUCAAGCCUGGUCUUAUUCUCAUGUGGGACCAGAAGACCAGUCUUUUCAUCACAAUCAGUCCACAGUUCCAGGGUCAGGUCUGUGGUCUGUGUGGAAACUAUGAUGGUAACAGUAAGAAUGACUUCACCACACGCUCCCAGGAAAUAGUUGCAGAUGUUCUACAGUUUGGUAACAGCUGGAAAGUUUCAUCUAGCUGCCCCAGUGCAGAGCUGAUCAGUGAUCCCUGUGCCUCAAAUAGCUACCGGGCAGCCUGGUCUCAAAAACAGUGCAGUAUCAUCACAAGUGUCACCUUCCAGAGCUGUCAUUCAAAGGUUGACCCUGGUCCAUAUUUUGAUUCCUGUGUGAGAGACUCCUGUGCUUGUGACACUGGUGGGGACUGCGAAUGUCUCUGUACUGCGGUGGCUGCAUAUGCUAAAGCCUGUAAUGAAGCUGGGACCUGCAUCGCAUGGAGGACUCCGAAGUUUUGUCCUAUUUUCUGUGACUACUAUAAUUCACCUGGUGAAUGUGAGUGGCACUAUAAGCCUUGUGGAGCUAAUUGCAUGAAAACAUGUAGGAAUCCAUCUGGAAACUGCUCGUCACUCAUCACCAACCUGGAAGGCUGCUAUCCACAGUGUCCCCCAAACCAACCCUACUUUGAUGAAGACACUAUGAAUACAUCAAUAACUUCAUCUACUCAAAAUGUCUGCAAUGAGGUGUAUCCACCGAGACAGAAUGGAGAGUCCUGGGAUGCCGGCAACUGCACCACAGCUACGUGCAUCAAUGGGAAGAUUAUCACGAUGCCAACAGUCUGUCCUACUGUGCAGCAGCCCAUCUGCACCAAUGGACGCAGUGCUGCUAAGAUCUCUGAUGAUGACGGAUGCUGCCCUCACUACGAAUGUCGAUGUGUGUGCAGUGUCUGGUGUGGAUCCCACUACUUAACAUUUGAUGGAGAAUCCUACAAUUUCAAUGAGAACUGCUCUUACUACCUGGUCAAAGAGAUCGUUGCUAAAUAUAACCUGACUGUUGCAGUUAACCGUGAUUGUGAUCCAUCAGGCAGUGCAUUCUGUCCCAAGGUUCUUACUGUUACAUAUAAAUCUUUCAAAGUGGUUUUGACUCAGCUGAUGUCUUCAGGAAUAUCAGCUAAUGCGGUGUUUGUCAAUCAGCAAAAGAUCUAUCCUGCCUAUAGCAAUUCUGUCCUGCGCAUUACUGGCACAGAUAUAAUCACCACAUUGGAGUUACAGGACAUCAGUGCAAAAAUAGUCUAUUCAGGCUCUUCAUUCAGCAUUGACCUUCCCUACUCCCUCUUUGAAGGAAACACAGAGGGACAAUGUGGUACCUGUGACAACUCCCAGAGCAAUGAAUGCCGUUCUCCAAAUGGCCAGGUGGGAAGCUGCUCAGACACUGCAGGCGAGUGGCAGGUCCCACAUACACCCUGUGUUGUCCCCACAACCCCACCAACACCCAGAACCACAUCAAACCCCCCACACUCAACACCAGCUGUUUGUGAACCUGCUAUCUGUGAUCUACUAACUACCAGCUGCUGCAGUCUGGAGGCCUAUGCCACUGAAUGUUCUAAUGAAGGAAUCUGUAUCGAUUGGAGAAAUGCUACCGAUGGGCUCUGUGAGCACAAGUGUCCGAGCAACAAAGUGUACAUGCCCUGUGGUCCAUCUGUAGAGCCUACAUGCAAUAACGGAUACAACAUGGCAUACCAAACUGUGGCAUCCAGCAACAACACUAAGGAAGGCUGUUUCUGUCCUCAUGGCACCACAUUAUUCAACACAGUACAUGACAUAUGUGUUGACACCUGUGCCUGUGUUGGACCUGAUGGGAAACCCAAACAGCUGGGCGAGACUUGGACAAGUGACUGUCAAACCUGUGUUUGUGACGAGGUUUCCAUGAGCGUCCAGUGUGAGCCUGUUCAGUGCCCGUCUGUGCAAAGUCCUAACUGCAGCAAGCCUGGCCAGCAACUGGUCAACAAUACAGUGAACUGCUGCACAACACAGUCAUGUGAAUGCAACGUAAAGCUGUGUCCUGCUCCUCCCACGUGCUCGCCGGGCUUCCAGCUGAGCAUCACCAAUGGCACCUGUUGUCUAUCCUACAACUGUGUUCCUAAAGGUGUAUGUGUCUAUAACAUGAUUGAAUGCAAGCUCAAUGGACAGCUUGUUACCAAGGAAACCAAGACUAGUUGUCCUCCCUUUAACCCCUUGGACUGUGAACCUGGCACUGAAACAACAGAUGCCAGUGGCUGCUGCAAAACCUGUAAGCAUCAAACUAAUGUGUGUAAGACCCAGAAGGAGCAGAGAAUCAUUGAACUGAACAACUGCAAGAGCGCACAGCCAGUUAACAUCACAUACUGCGCUGGACACUGCGACAGUUUCUCCAUGUACUCUAUGGAAGCCAACACAAUGGUACACAAUUGCGAGUGCUGCCAAGAAGCCACCACAAGUGUGGAGCAGGUGGAGCUUACCUGUGCUGAUGGGUCUAAGCUGCAGCACAGCUACACCAUGGUACAGUCAUGCCAGUGCAGCAAAGCAGAAUGCGUGGAAGGGACAACGCCCACACCACAGCGCCGCAGGAGACGCUGAUCUUCCGUAACUUUACAAUAGCUAAGACCACCUCGACACUCUUUGUGCCUCAUUUUCUUGUCUCUGGUUAAACAAAUGCUCCUUUUCUGUAUCACGACAUACCACUGUGAUGUAAACUGUCUU